AUGAGCGGCAGCUCCAACCAGUCCACUCGCACGAGUCCAGGCUCUUUUGGAACCACGCAGCGCACUGAAUCCGUCUCAUCGGGCUCGCCGCCACCGCACCAGUCACUCACUGAGGCGCCUUUGACGGCUCAGCAUGCGAUGUCGACCGACGUGUACAGCCCGAAUGCGUCACAAGCGCCCACAUCGCUAAGCAACUCCUUUUCCUACCCUUUCUCCCCUCUCGGUCCGUCAGCGUCGUUGGACACCAGUAUGCGCCUAAACGACUCCGACCGCAGCCUCAACGGCCUGGUUCGCGCCAAUAGCGGCGGCGCGAUCCUGAUGCGCAAGCUGCCGCGCAACACGAGCCGCGAAGCACUGCGCAGCAUGCUUCUGUUCGCAAAGGAUUUCGUCGAUGCAGACUUUGUGUCGCUGGACCUGCCGGAGGAUAAUGGAUUUUUGAGCGCGAUCGCGCGCUUCAGCACUUUGCCCGCCGCCGAAGAAGCAAGGGCUCUUCUUGAUGGGAAGCCAAACUCGAAGAACGACGCCACCAUGAUCGUGGAAAUGUAUCCAGGUCCCGUCGGGUCGAACACGCGUCGUAACACAAUUGAUCAUACCGCCAAUCGCGGGCUUCUGGGUGGCGUUCCGUCUAACGGCCCCGUCUCGCGUCAAUCGUCCAGAUUCAACGGUACCUUCCAGAGCCUCGAGCGCCUCUCAGCCGCCAAUCCGUCUGCCCAGGCGAUCGGCGAAGGCUUGCCCCCCGCCUCAGAGUCCGGAUCGCGCCUCCACAGUCUUUUCUCUCCGCAGUCUCCGAUCGGAAACGGCGUUGGCGAUCUGCCCCGCGUUACCGGAAAGUCCAUGAUCGAUGAAGAUCCGGACGAGGAAACGGGAGAGCUGCUCAAGGAUCCAGUUGGCUACGCAGAGAAUGGUCACUCUGCGUCGGCUUCCGCCCCGCGCCGCUCUACAAACCCCCAGAUUCCGGCUGGUCGUUUUGCCAACAUGUCUCUGUCAACCAAUAUGUCCUCACCGCCUCUCCCCGGCUAUGCCCCGGGUGGUCACUCCUCGCGCAUGGGAAGUGGUGCUUCGGGCUACCCGCCGUCGACCAACCAAGCCCCUGUCGGUGGUGGUCAUGGCUAUCCAUACGGUGCCCAGCACACUCCGCGCCACAGCCUUCCCGCUGCAAACCCGAACGAUCUGAAUCCGCCAUGCAACACACUCUAUGUGGGGAACCUGCCGCCCGAUACGUCGGAGGAGGAGCUCAAGGCGCUCUUCUCGAAGCAGCGUGGCUACAAGCGACUCUGCUUCCGCAACAAGCAGAAUGGCCCCAUGUGUUUUGUGGAAUUCGAUGAGGUGGCCAUGGCAAGCAAAGCGCUCAACGAACUGUACGGCUACAAGUUGUCCAAUAGCGUCAAGACCGGCAUUCGUCUAAGUUUCUCGAAGAAUCCGCUGGGUGUGCGCUCGGGUCAGCCCGGCAGCAUGAGCACUGCCAAUCCCCUGUCUGCACCGGGCGCGGUUCCUGGCGGUAGCAGCCUGGGAGGCAUGCACAACCACAUGUUCUCCGCUGUGAACGGCCCGCCCCCUGGCCUCGCUGCUCCUCCCGGUCUCAACGUGCCGAUGCAAGUGCGCAACGGCGGAGGAGCCAUGCACCCACCUGGCAACCCCCACGCAGGCAUGGUGGGCAACGGCUCGUUCAACCCUAACUCCGGCUUAGGAAUCCGGACCAACGGGGUGAAUUCGAUGAUGAUGUCACCUCCUCCUCCUCCUGGAAGCGGAGCGGGCAACAACGCGGCGCCGAAUAUGAACGGCUACAAUUCCUUCUACCCCGACUACAUGAUGGGUCGCUAA